AUGUCGUCCAUACAUGCUCGGAGCCGCCGAGCCCAUCUCGCUCCUAUCAAGACCGACACUUCAAGCCUCCCGGACAUCUCCCGCAGAUACUCAAGUCGGCCAUCUUAUUCUUAUGGUGGGAUAACUCACUCAAGACUCAACUCAAUCGGCUACGCACAAGAUGUGAUGCACUCUGGUCCCAGCCCCAUGAGACGCAAUCCCAGCGACGCUUCCGAAAUGGGGGCUCCCUAUGUUUGGGUUUCGAAGCAGCUCUGCCCAACUCCCGUGUCUGAGAUCUCGCCGCACACAAAGGUCUGGCCUACUGUGCUCGAGGCGCAUGCUCGAAGACCCCGGCAAAUGUCUCUGGGGCAUGGCGAUGUGUUUCGACAGAAUACAUCUGGGCCACUUCGAGUGUCGUAUACUCGAGCGGCGAGUCGCAGACAGUCUAUGUAUACCUAUAGAGCCCGCAAUCGAUCUACAGAUAUGGAACUUCAGCGGAAUCAACAACUUCGUCUCUCGCUGUGGGAAAGAGGUCAUAGGAUAUUUGGCCUCCCAGGAGAAGCCGAUGUUUUUGUCAAGCCACUGCAUCUCAGCCGGCCACUUAAAGAAAUCAGAUCGUGGACAGAAGAGCCGUCUUCCGCGUCACCGUUGUCUCAGCGCGUCUUUGUUCGUGCCGUUAUUCGCUCAAAAUCUCACGGCCGCAUAAAGCGCAUUGGCCUGAAGCGCGAAUUCAAGCUGGACGAGUUGAGAGCCACAGCACUAGAUCCUCUACCUGGUCCUCAGUCGAAAAACUUCAAUCGUCAGGUACUACUAUCCAGACUACAGCUAUCUGACGAAGAUCUAGAAGCCCAAUCUCCGGUAGAUUUAGACAUGGCCGAUGAUGGUGAUGACGAUGUCGUUGUGAAGAAAGAGAAGACGGAACUGCCUCCGAUGCUCGAGCAUCCGCAACCCGUGCCCAAGGCAACUACUGUACCUAUGAGUCUCCCAUAUGCGCGAUCACAGUUACCAGCAUUAGCUGCCGUUAUGAUGUCGGGCGAAGUUAGGCGAGGAGAUACGAUACAACUUGCAAUGCCUCAUCCGAGCGAGUGGCCCUCGACAAUAGCCUACGUCUAUACUGGGGAGAGAGAGCUCCUUACAGAGGAGGUUAGGGAUAAUAUUCUGUAUCUUGGAGGCAAAGUUUAA